AGCAACAAAUAUGUCCUGUUUUUACUUCGACGCUAUCAAGAGGUAUUGGGAGAUUAACAAAACCAGAUUGUGUUAAGUUAUGUUUUGUUUUAUAAAGAGCUGAAUUUGGGUCUUUUCUUUUUACAUGUGAUAUUAGCUGUAUCUCCGUAUUGGGGUUUGAUUCCACAGUAACUGUUUGGGACAAGGAUAUAGAAGCUUAUAAAAAGCUUGUCUAUAUGUAAAUGCCGUUCAAGUCACCCCAAUUAGUUGUCAUGUUAAGCUACUUGCUUAAUAGAUCGUGAUGCCCUGAAGUUGUCAUGAAAUCCAGUGGAUCCGUGUUUACCAGGCAGAAUCCAUUCCCACCUGCAUCCAGGGUGAAGAGGGCACACUAUCACCCAUCAUGCAAGCAGUCUCUCUCCCAAAAAGAGAAAAAAACAACUCUGAGUCCUGUCAGGUUACAUCAAAGUGACAAUCAUCCACCUCCCUCCCCAAACCGGAAACGCCAUCAGCUAAAUGAAGAUUUAGGCUUUUCCACCAAAGAUGGACAAAAAAUGUUUACUGAGAUCUGGCCCUCCAUCGAAAGUGAAUCAUCUACUGACAGCAACCCGGACUGUCCUGAAAUGUCCCCAGACAAACCAUCUGUGAGGUUCAACACAUCCACAGCCCCCUCUGGAGCAGAGGAGGAUUCUGUGCUUGCUAAAUACGUAGAACGUUUUCGUCAUGGUCGACCUCGGAGUCGAGAGGAGCGCCAGCAAAUGGCCUCCGCUGACGCAGAAGAACCGAGGCCAUUAUGGUGGAUGGCUCACUCAUCAGUCCCCAGUUUGGCCCCAACUCCAUCAUUAAACAAGGAUGACUGUGAUUCUUCGGCUUACAGUCCAGCUGAGUGGCCUCAACAGGAGACGUCCUUCAACGCUGCGUCUGAUGCUUCUGAGGGAGAAUUUGAUGACAAAGAAAUACUUCACCUUCAAGAAAGAGCAAGCAGACUUCUACUGGAAGGUGAAUGUAGUCAAAGCGAUGGAUUUAUCGCUGUCAGCUCAGAUGGCCUUGGAUGCUCCGAUUUAUCCUCUCCAUUCAGUGUGGACGAGCCGGUGCGGCAACCUUUGGUCCCCAUAUUGAAAAGACCAACUGCUGCAAACCUUAUUCCAGACUCUGCAUCCUUCCAGAAACCUGCCGUCCCUAGCAUUGCACCGCCCACACGUCCAGAGGAUGAUAUUUUAUUCCAGUGGCGUUUACGGAGAAAAAUGGAGCAGGCUAGAGAUUGGUCUCAGUCCACAAAGACAUCGGGGGUGUAUGAUUCUGCUAUCAGCAGGCAGAUCCCAAGUUUUGUCCCUGCAUCAGCCAGUGGAGAGCCUGACAAGCAGCAGUGGAGCUUUGAACCUCCUCAGUUCUCAGAAAGCGAUCCACACAUGUCUGCCCCCCCACCAGGGACCCACAGACCAGGUGCUUCAGCUCCAAACCCUCCACGCCUCAUUUCUUCUGCUGUCCCCUCCUCUUCCUCUGCGAUGUCUCAAACCAGGGCUCUUCCUCAUGUUCCUGCUCACAUGCAUUUACUCUGCGAUGUCCUUCCCUGCCCAAACCAGUCAUUUGUACAAAACAUGACGCAAAAAGUUUCUGAACCCCAAACCAAAGUUGUCCACCGAAAAACUCAGGUAUCAGAAAGCUUAUUGAGUACCAACUGCAAUGGCUUUGUCAGAGAAUGUUUGCCCUCAUCUCCGCAUGGAAACAGAAAGAAAGAGGGAUAUAGUCUGCAAAAAGUAGCAGAUAAGAAAAAGAAGAAGAAACAGGAGACGGCAGAACCAGCUCAGAAGACGGGACUACCUUCCAGGCAGCAGAGGAAACCUGCAAGGGAUUCUCUCAAUCCGACCCUUAAAAAAAAGACGUCAUUUAAAGACGGAAGCGAGGAGGUUCCUGAGGAAAGCUGCACGGGGAGUCAUGCACCGCCAUCUUCUCCAGUUCACACUGCUUUGGGACAGGUAGUUUCAGAGGUUUUGUUCCCGACGGGGCCUCAGAAGACUCCCCUUUCUUCAGUUUCUCCUCCAAAAAUCAUCUCACCUUCAGAGUCCCCCGUUCCUUUGUCCGUCACAGACAACUCGCUAGCUGUCAUUUCACAGCUGCUACAAGAGGCUGAAGACUCUGAUGGAAAAGACUUUGAAGACGACCCUCUGUUACAAGUCCUCCGACGACAGAGAAAAUGGGUGAAAGAUCAGAUCGGAGAGGUGGAUGUGAUGUUGCAGGAAUUCCUGGAGGAACAACCAGCUGCUUGAACAAAUCAGACUGUUGCUUUUUGUAGUUUUAUAUCGAAAUAAAGUUUAUUUAUACUAUAGGA